AUGGAAGUGAUAUGGUUGGCGGUGGAUGUGGUCUGUGGGAUGGCAGAAGUGUUGUCAUCAUUUGCAGCAGUGGUAGUGGCUGUAGCUGUGGCAGUGGUAGUGGCUGUAGCUGUGGCAGUGGUAGUGGCUGUAGCAGCUGCAUGGUUAAUGGUGCCUGACCGGUUCCAGAUGGGAGGGGAAGAGUCUGGUGUGCUCAAGGCCAGUCUUCUGUUACUGAUCAGUGCUUCAAACAGUGAAUCACCUUUUGAAAACAAACCUUUCACUCACCUUGUCCUCGCUUGUGCAUUAGUUGUACCUAAUGUUCUGGCCUUGGCAAAGGCCUUAUGGAAGGUUUGUUUGAUUGAAGCAGUUGUUGCUUUUGGCACUUCAAUCUUGGUCCUGGUCUGCAUGCCUCACUUUGACAUUAUAACCAAUUUGUAUAUUUUGAAUGGUGUUUGCCUUCUUCCUGCUCUUCUGCAAGUAGUAUUUCAGCUGAAACCACUCAAAUCUUCUAUGUUGCUUCCAUUGGGGAUUUCUUCUGCUCUUUGUCACUGGUUUGGGGUUCUGGUGUGUAAAAUGCAUGCAGUCAGACGCAGCUUUGCUAUGCCUUCCAUAUUAGCCACACCAAUUGUAUUUUUUGCUUUUUUGAUUGUGUUGUAUGACAGCUUCAAUAAAUAUGGCAAAGCAGAUAGCUUUAACUUGACUGCCCUAUGCCACAAUUUAAAAACCUCCAACGAUAGCGAUUCUGUGCAAAUCCUACUUUUAGAAAUUCCUCGCAGCCUUUGCAGAGCAGAAGCAAUAUUAAUUUCCAACAAAGUUGGCUUGGCACUGCUUGGCUCCAUGGCUGUAUGCUUUUGGCUAGGACUGAUUUUCUCAACAUUCUACGUGUGGGGCCAGCACAUUCAAAGGAUUGAAAGGACAUCCCAGCUGUUUGUCCGACGACUGUAUGAGGCGGCCUUCAUGGAACAGUCAAUGCUGCUUAACACACGGGUCCAGAAAAAGAAAGAGAAGAAGGAUAAAAGAAAAUCGGACCAUGUCAUGAUAUAUCUGUGUGCAACAAUGUGGCAUGAAACAGUGGAUGAAAUGGCAAAGAUCCUUACUUCAAUAUUCAGGUUGGAUAAAUACAAACCAAACUCUUCAAAGUCACAUAAAGAUAAUUUUGAGUUUGAAGCACACAUUUACUUUGAUGAUGCUUUUCACCUCACUAAUCCCAAUGACAAUGUACAGAAAAGAGUUUUGAAUCAAUAUGUUAAAAACCUUGUUUGCAUAAUGGAAGACAUUUACAGGAUUUUCUCGCAUGAAAAACAGAGUUUGAAGGAUGAACAAGAAGAUGAUGACAUAGUAAAGCAAACCAUAAUGGAGACACCUUAUGGUGGAAGAAUCACAUAUACCCUUCCAUAUGGAAACAUACUUUAUGUUCAUUUGAAAGACAAGCAGAAAAUUCGGCACAAGAAGAGAUGGUCUCAAAUCAUGUACAUGUAUUAUCUGCUGGGAUGGAAAUUAAAUAAAAAAUACACGACCUUGUCAGGCAAAUUUGAAGAUGAAAUAUCUACUACAAAUGCCUUAAAGACAGAGAAGGAAAACACUUACAUUUUGGCUUUGGAUGGGGACACUGAUUUCCAGCCCUCAGCUUUGAUCUUGUUAGUUGACAGACUGAGAAGAUAUCCAGACGUCGGGGCUGCAUGUGGUAGAAUACAUCCAACUGGAACUGGUCCUAUGGUUUGGUACCAGAAGUUUGAAUACGCUGUUGGCCACUGGCUACAGAAGACAGCUGAACAUGUGCUAGGCUGUGUCCUGUGUAGUCCAGGAUGCUUCAGUUUGUACAGGGCAGCAGCCCUAAUGGAUGAUAAUGUUGUGAAAAAAUAUACUACCAAAGCGACAGAAGGGCAGCAUUUUGUCCAGUAUGAUCAAGGAGAAGACCGUUGGCUGUGUACAUUAUUACUACAGCAGGGGUGGCGUGUAGAAUACAACGCAGCUUCAGAUGCCUAUACAAAUGCACCACAGGAGUUCAAAGAGUUCUACAAUCAACGACGCCGUUGGGUACCUUCAACUUUGGCAAAUACAAUUGAUCUUUUAAACAGUGGAGCACAAACAUCCAAGAGAAACCACUCAAUUUCAAAACUCUACAUUCUGUAUCAGAUUGUUGGAACUGCAGCAUCAAUUCUAGGACCUGCCACUGUGGUUUUAAUGAUUGCAGGAGCAUUUACCUUUGUGUUUAAUUGGAAUGGAAAUGUUGCUCUGGCUCUUGGAGUUGUGCCUCCUGCCAUCUACAUACUGAUCUGUUACAAAGUCAAAUCAGAUACCCAGAUCAUAAUUGCUGCUGUGAUGAGCAUCUUUUAUGCUUUUCUAAUGAUUGCAACAAUAAUGUCCAUUAUUGGUGAAAUGGUGAAAGAAAACACCUUUAUUACUCCAACAGGCUUGUUCUUCAUCUCGAUGAUGAUCCUUUACUUCUCAACUGCAAUGCUGCAUCCCCAAGAAUUCCCUCUUGUAUUUUAUGGAUUGUUGUACAUCAUCUGUAUCCCCAGUGGAUACUUGUUGCUGCCAAUUUACUCCAUGGUAAACAUGAAUAAUGUUUCAUGGGGCACACGUGAAACAGUUACUCCAAAAAUACAGGACAAAAAUAAAACUAAGCAGGUUCUGCGAUAUGAAAAGAAAUGCAAAUUCAUCUGUUGGGAUAUUGAAUUUUUAGUCAAAGAGGAUAAAAAGGAAUUAAUUCACCAUGCAGACAGUAUCAUUGAAGAAGAAGAAAUAAUCGAAUUGAGUAUUGAAGAUAAGUGGAUAAGCAAUUUGCAAGAGCAGUCAUUCCAUAUGAUGCUUGUUGUAGAAGAACUUGAUGAAGAAGAAAUCCCAUUCUGGAAUGACCUCAUUGAAUUAUACCUUAAACCAAUUGAAGAAGACAAAGCAAAACAGGCAGAGAUAGCAAAGGAACUGAAAUCUCUCAGAAACAAGGCCACUUUUCUCUUCUUCAUUAUUAAUACUCUGUGGAUUGUUUCAACGUUUUUUCUGCAAGCAAUUGGUUCAGAGAUACACAUCAAGAUCCCCAAAAUCCUUCCAAAUGGUACUUUUUCAAAAAGUGAAAUUCUAACCAUCGAACCACUCAGUUUUAUGUUCUUGGUAUCGUUUGCUGGGCUGUUGGGAAUUCAGUUCCUCACCAUGUUGUACCACAGGAUUACAACACUCAUCCAUUUUAUUGCAUAUAAAGGAACUGAAAUAAAACCUCAACAGAAAGUUGGAAAGUAUCACCAAAUGUAUAAAGAUCAUGAGGUUUGACAAUAUACAGAAGAAAAAUAACUGGUGGUUGAGAAAAAUCGAGCAACAUCUCACCAGUGUCACAAAUAUAUUACCAUGAGCUUUAUGUGUGAAAGACAAUUUGACAACUACUCAGGGACAUCGCAGCGAAAUCUGUGGCUCGUGUUACAAAUCAGAAAAAUA